CUCAUAACUCAAUUUCAUACAUUUAGAUAGCAUCUAGUUUGUGCUUAAAUUUGACUAUAUUCAAUUAGUUUAAACAUCAGUAGUUUAUGAAGGAAUAAACAUUAUUCUCUGUAACUGCAGGAAAUAAUAAAUACUGGUCCUCCAUUGAGCGGAAUGUUACGUGAAACGUAUUUGGAGAGUUUUGUGGUGCCUACGCAGCGAUAAACAAUAAGCGAGUUAUCCACUGGUGUUAAGCAGGUAAACGCAAUUCUGCGAAGAGACGCCACAAGUCUGUCAAUAUGCAAGCAACCUCUAAUGAAAAUAAUGAAAGUGAACGCAAAUCAUCUAGAAGGCGUAAAACAGUACUUAACGUCCAAGAUGUAGGCGGGUCGAAUGAGGUUGCAGAAAAUGUGUCGGAUGAAAUUAACUUGAAAUUGUCUACUUUAAAGAAACUACAAAACUCAGUUAAAAAUACACCAUCAGUACGACGAAGUACUCGAGCAGCAUCAAAAAUAACUUCGGAAUUUGUGGAGACUGCAACUCCUUCAUCGAGCAUUGCUAAAAUGAAUGAAAUACUGGAGAAUUCCGAUAUGAAAAACAUAUCAAGGAGCGGACGUAAAACAAUUUCGAGAAAAUUAGAUUAUAGCGAGAUAAUUGCAAGUAAAGGAUUAAGAAAUAAACUGAACUUUGAAACAAAUAAUGAAGUUAAAGCAGAUGCUGAUAAUGGUGAAGACAAAGAUGAUGUGAAUGAUAAUGCAACAAAUAAAGAGAAUAACGUUCAAAGUUCUAAAACAAACAUCACUGAAUUAUUACCACAAAUUUCUACUAAUGAAACGAAGAUUAAAAAUAUACGUAAGAAUUCUAUGCCUGCCAAGGUUCUUACACCGUCGGGCACUGUAAAUGAGGAACUCACUUUGCAUAAAGAAAAUGCUGGUAUUGAAGAGAGUCUCGCUGCCGUAACUAAUGAAAAGGUAAAGGGCUCUGGUAGAAAGUCAACAGUACGCAGUAGUGUUACACCUUUGGUUUCUAAAUCUAAUAAAAAAAAUAAUAAAAAAGUUAAGAAAAAUACUAAAAAAAAUUCAGAGUUAAAUUUGAAAAUGGCAAAUUUAUCAAUGGAAACCAAUACAGACUCUGAUAGUCAUACAGAUAAUAACGAUAAUGUUGAGGUUAUUAACAAAUCUAGCAACAAGGUAUCAAAUGAUGCAAAACAAGAAUCAACUGAAAAUGUACAGAAGCAAUAUAUUAAGCAUAUAUCAGCUGAUGAUGAAUUUGAAAAUUUAGACACUUUGCCAAAAGUGAUCAAUGAAAAUUCAUCAGAGAAUACUAAAGAAAAUGAAUUAAACGUUACCAUUGAUAAGAUUGAUAAUUCAAUUGGCAAGUCUGUUUUAAUAGCAAAAACAGAGUCCAAUAGUGUGGAGACAUUCGAUCUUAUAGAUGAUGAAGAUAUAAAUUUUAUUCCACUGCUAGUAAUAUCAGAUGAUGAGGACUCUAUACACACGCCUGUUAAGAAUACUUCAAUUACUUCAGUUAAUAAAAAUAUUACAUUAAAUGAAAGCCCUUCUAAUGAAAACAAGGAUUUGGCCAUUCCACUUGAUACUGUAACAGAAACGCCAACAUUAUUAGAAACUCCAAAGGCUAAACUCAGAAACGACUAUAAUCCACACCCUACCCCAUAUUCUAAAAGUUAUUUACUACUUGAAAAAUCUGUUGAUAAAAAGCAAGUAAAAUCUGAAGGCAAGGAAUUGGUCAACUCUGCUAUAGAAGAGGUAGAAUGCACUCCAAAAUCUACAAAAACUUAUAUUUCAGCAAAGAAGAAAAAGAUUUUGAAAGCUAAGGCUGUUACAUUUAACAGCGCUGAUAAUAGAAUAACGAAAAUUGCUGACAUUGAUGAAAUCAUUAAUAAAAGCGUUAAAAAACAGGAUGCAGAUCAGCAGGUUUUGUUGAAAAAUGAAAGUCAUGUUAAUAUUAAACGUCGAAAGCGUUCCUUUGAUGAGAUGAAACAAACAUCUAUUAACAAUGAUAAUGAUGAGUCAAAACCAACUCCAAAUAAAAUUUCUAAGCCAGAUAUUGAUACUGCAUCGAGCACACGUUCUACUCCUCAAAAAAUUAUGCAAAAAGCUACAAAAUUGCCAAAUUUUGCUGCAAUACAUCAAAAGCAGUUUAAUAAAAUGGAAAACCUUACUGAAUACGUAACACGGAAAACGGAGAGAGCAAAGAACUUGAUAAAUUCUGGUGUCAAAACAUUACCUUCUGCAUCGAAAGUUGCACCCUUUAAAUUUAAUGGAAAUGCACAAGCUGGUGUUCCGUCAAAGGCUUUGAAAUCAAUAAAUUUUUAUGGCAAAACUACUACACCAGGUAAAACCGAACCAAAAGCAGAAGAUAAAACAAAUAUUUUGUUACCUACAGAUUUUCCAAAAUCAACUGAUCGUAGUCAAUUAAGAGGCAUAAAUAGCUCCUCAAAAAAAUUACUACCCAUUGUACGUAAGGUAGAACAUGUUCCUGCAAAGCCAAAAGCAGCAAAAAAGAUUGAUUUAAAUGAACCCGUUAAAACCAUUUCAGAGAAUAAACCAGAUGAGGAGCAAAAUCUACUUGCUCGCUUACCUAAUCCAAGAUUAGGUAUUAUGAAACAACAGAUGACAGCUAACAAAAGUGUAACAGAGUUAAAAUCUUUAAAGCCUGUAGCACAAAUUACGCCCUUAAAACCAUCAAACAAUACAAAAACUUCACGUCCUCGAGAAGAGUCACAUAUAAGUGCUAUUGAUAAAGCAACUUUGCGUCGUGAAAGACAUAUGAACAUGUAUAAGGGUCGUGUCGGUGGUGCUCAUAAAUCGAAUUCGGCUAAGGAUGCGGAAAUUAUUCGUGGAGUUCGUUCCAAUAGAAGAUUUGAACUUCAAAUGCAAUACCGCAAUCAAAUAAAGGAUUAAACAUUGUUUUUGAUUCUUAUAAAAUACUUAUAUCUAUAUAUAUUUCUUAUUUUAAUAUUAACC